AAAUAAUUUUUUUUUAAUCAAAAAAGUCAUAACCCAUUUAUUGAUAAUUAAAACAAGAAAAUCUGCAGUAAUACCUACACCGGCAGUAAUACCCACACUUACCCUAUACAUGAAAAACAUAAGCGCGUUAAAGUUUAGUUUGAAUUUAUUGAAUGGUCUGAAGCUCGCGCGCUACGCAACGUUGCCAAAUCUUUUGACUCCAUUUUAUUGACCUCCUUAAGAGUCAUGUCAAAAGCAUCAAAAACCAACAGUGGUUAAUUAGCUAAUAAAUGUAAAUAAAUAUAUAAACAAAUACUGAUAUUAAAAAUUGUUAUUACUAACAAAAAAAUUGAUGAUUACUCAAAGAACUAUUCAAGUUACUCGAGAAGCGUCAGUCUUGAUCAGUCAGCUGUCCGGAGUUGAACGUGGUUUAAAUUAAUCUAAUUAGCCAAAAAUGAAGUCAUUAAUAUCAUCACUUACAUUUACAUAUAUCUUCUUAGCAAUAGCAAUUAUAAAAAUAAAUAAUAUAAAUUGCUACCGAGUCGUAAAAAGACUAUCAGAUAGCAGCGAUAGCUGCGAAGGAGUCUUAUCACCCGACUUGAUAAAAGAAAUCGACGGCUACCAGCCGAUAGUCGACAGAAUAGUCUACGAAGCUACCAAUGGUAGCUUCAAAGGAAGAACUUGGAGGGAUCUUUCCGACUUUGUUGAUGAUUAUGGGUCCAGGUUCACGGGAACGCAGAAUCUUGAGGAUGCUAUUGAUCAUGUUCUGCUGAGGUCCAGAGAACUUGGGCUUGAAAAUGUUCAUGGAGAUGUUGUUCCGGUUCCAAAAUGGAUCAGAGGAAAUGAAUCAGCGACAAUGUUGUCUCCUCGGGAAAAAAAUUUAAGGAUGCUGGGACUUGGUUAUAGCAUUGGAACGCCACCUGAAGGAAUAACGGCCGAAGCAAUUGUUGUGGAGAGUUUUGAAGAACUAAAAAGGCGCGCUUCUGAGAUCCCGGGAAAAAUAGUAGUAUACAACCAAAAAUUCAUCUCGUACGGUAAAACAGUAGAAUACCGCAGCCGUGGUGCUAUCGAAGCAGCCAAAGUAGGAGCAGUAGCGACUCUUAUUAGGAGCAUCACCCCAUUUUCAAUCUACUCGCCGCACACCGGGAUGAUGGACUACUCAGAGUCAGUGAAGAAGAUCCCCGCGGCUUGUAUCACAGUGGAAGACGCGCACCUGCUGGGCCGCCUGGCGAAAAGAGGCAAGAAGUUAAGAAUCAGCAUCAAGAUGGAGGCGCACCAACUGGCCAGCGGCCGUUCCAGGAACUUAGUCUCGGAGAUCUCGGGUUCCACUCAACCCGAGAAGGUCGUCGUGGUCUCCGGGCACGUAGACAGCUGGGACGUUGGCCAGGGCGCCAUGGACGACGGAGGCGGCGCUUUUUCUUCCUGGGUCUCAGUGCUGCUCCUCAAGGGCUUGGGCUUGCAGGCCAAAAGGACUAUUCGCUCUAUUAUGUGGACUGCUGAGGAAAUGGGAAUUAUUGGAGCUAAUUAUUAUAUUAAUAAGUACAGGAGCCAGGAGAAAAAUCUGCAGAUGGUUAUGGAGUCUGAUAUUGGAACUUUUUUACCUCUUGGGUGGGAAGCUACUGGGUCGCCGGAAGUUAUUUGUAUUCUUCGUCGGAUUACUAAAUUAUUGUCAAAAAUGACGCCUCUGGAAGUGAAAACACCUCACAGUGGCCCAGAUAUCGAAAACUGGGUGAAUGAUGGCGUACCUGGAGCGUCUUUGUGGAACAAAAACGAACGUUACUUCUGGUUCCAUCAUUCUGAAGGCGACACAAUGGACGUAGAAACUCCCGACAACCUGGACAUGGCAACCGCGCUUUUUGCAGCGACUUCAUACAUUAUCGCUGAUAUUAGUCUUGAUUUACCCCGAAAUACAUAAUCAAAUAAAGAUAUAAUUAU